CACGGGGUCGGGUCACAGGAAUGGCGGCGCCCGUGUGACAACUGGAGGGAGAGACACUCGGUGAGAGAGAUAUCGGGGGCCAUUCCGCGCAGGCACUUUCUGCAGGGACAGUUAUCGGGGGCCAGUCCGCGCAGCCAUGCUUCGCUACCUGCGCCAUUCCCACCUCCUCAGGGUUCAGUGUAACCCGUGUGUAACGCAGUCCAGGGGCAGGAAGUCUCGCACAGAUCCUCCCGCCAAAUCCAAAGCCUCGCGCAUCAAAUACCCCCCACCGGUGUGCGUGGAGGAGCUGCUCAACGUCCAGCACCGGUACCAGGAAUAUACCCGCAUCCUAGGGGCUAUCAGAGCAGAAUUCAAGGAGAGUCUCCUGCGCUCCCAGUAUGAGGAACGAGUGGGGUCCCUGGCUGAGCAGCGCCAUCGUCUGGAGAGUGAGGAGCACAGAGAGCUGAUGGCGUGGAAUGAGGAACAGAACCGGAUCGCUCAAAGCAGAAGGUUAGAGCGACUGAAGCAGGAGGAGCGAGCAGUCCGGUUGCAACAAGCAGUGUCUGCGGAGGAGCGGGAGAUUGAGCAGCAAGAAUUCAUCCAGAAAAGGCAGCAGGAAAUCGAGGAGCUGCAGAAAAUCUCCAAACUUUUCAUCACGCCGGGUAACCUGUCUGAGAGGAUCGAGGCAGCCCUGGAUAACCCCAAAAGCUACAACUUCUGCGUGGAUCGGGAAGGGAGGAUCCUGAAACAAAGUGGGGGACAAGCGUAGGGUAGAGACCACGAAAAUUUACAGAAGGGCGAAGGGAUUUACUUUCUGUGACAGCCGCUUUAUUAUUUAAUAAACAGCUUUUCCUAUUUAAA